GCGGCCCUCCCAGGCCCUCGGAGCUUGCAGUGACGGGCCACAGACCUGAAGCACCCUGAGGGCAAAGAGGAGGCCGCACGCGAGGGGCGCGGGACCGCCGCCUGGGGCAUCGCUGAGGAUGCUGGCACAUGUGUCCUGGUUCCCAGUAUCCUUCUGUGGGUCUGCUGAUCCAUCCCUCCUGUGGUGGGGACAUCAACGGAGCUACUCAGAUCCACAGGUAAGGAUCAGCCUCCUGUGUAGUAGCCCCACCUCCUGGAGUUGCAGUUUUGCAGGUGGCCCGUCUCUGGAGUUUGAGAGGGUCCUCGUUGAAUUCUGUCAUGGUUAUUUAAGGACUCUCGCCUAGAAGUCCCCAGAAACACACAGUUGCCUGUCGUCGGGAAGGUGUGGACUCCAAGAUGAUCAUAAAGGAAUAUCGAAUUCCCCUGCCAAUGACUGUGGAAGAGUACCGCAUUGCCCAGCUGUACAUGAUACAGAAGAAAAGCCGCAAUGAGACCUAUGGAGAAGGCAGCGGUGUGGAGAUCCUGGAAAACCGACCCUAUACAGAUGGUCCUGGCGGCUCUGGGCAGUACACACACAAGGUGUACCAUGUGGGCAUGCACAUCCCUGGCUGGUUUCGCUCCAUCUUGCCCAAAGCAGCCUUGCGGGUAGUGGAGGAGUCUUGGAACGCCUACCCCUACACCCGAACCAGGUUCACCUGCCCUUUUGUGGAGAAGUUCUCCAUCGACAUCGAAACCUUUUAUAAGACUGAUGCUGGGGAAAACACUGAUGUGUUCAGCCUGUCACCUGUGGAAAAGAACCAGCUGAUGACAGAUAUCAUCGACAUUGUCAAGGAUCCUGUGCCCCCCAAUGAGUAUAGGACAGAAGAAGACCCCAAGCUGUUCCAGUCAGUCAAGACUCAUCGGGGGCCCUUGUCUGACAACUGGAUUGAGGAGUACAAGAAGCAGCUCCUUCCCAUUAUGUGUGCCUACAAGCUCUGCAAGGUGGAGUUUCGCUACUGGGGCAUGCAGUCCAAGAUAGAGAGGUUCAUCCAUGAUACAGGCUUGCGGCGGGUGAUGGUACGGGCCCACCGGCAGGCCUGGUGCUGGCAGGACGAGUGGUUUGGGCUGAACAUGGAGAACAUCCGGGAGCUGGAGAGGGAAGCACAGCUCAUGCUGUCCCGCAAGAUGGCCCAGUUUGCUGAGGAGGAGGGGGCCACAGAGCUCAGCAAGGACCAUGUGACACAGGACCAGGCAUCUGGGGCACCCCCUGAGCCCAGCAACAGCAAUGGGGAGCCACUGGUGGGGCGGGGCCUGAAGAAGCAGUGGUCCACCUCCUCCAAGUCCUCACGGUCCUCCAAGCGGGGGGCCAGCCCCUCCCGACACAGCAUCUCAGAGUGGAGAAUGCAGAGUAUCGCCAGGGACUCUGAUGAGGGCUCAGAUGAAGAGUUCUUCGAUGCACAAGAGGACCUGUCCGACUCAGAGGAAAUGUUCCCCAAGGAUAUCACUAAGUGGAACUCCAAUGACCUCAUGGACAAAAUGGAGAGCUCAGAGCCUGAAGACCCGCAGGAUGGUCUAUACCACCAGAGUGGCCCUGAGUUCAGGGUCGCCUCCAGUGUGGAGCAGCUGAACAUCAUCGAGGAUGAGGUGAGCCAGCCACUGGCCGUGCCACCCUCCAAGAUCCACGUGCUGCUGCUGGUGCUGCAUGGAGGCACCAUCCUGGACACAGGAGCCGGAGACCCCAGCUCCAAGCAGGGUGAUGCAAACACUAUUGCCAAUGUGUUUGACACCGUCAUGCGUGUACACUACCCCAGCGCCCUAGGUCACCUAGCCAUCCGCCUGGUGCCCUGUCCACCCAUCUGUGCUGACGCCUUCGCCCUCGUCUCCAACCUCAGCCCCUACGGCCAUGAUGAGGGCUGCCUGUCCAGCAGCCAGGACCACAUCCCCCUAGCUGCCCUGCCCCUGCUGGCCACUUCCUCACCCCAGUACCAAGAGGCAGUUUCUACAGUGAUUCAGCGGGCCAACCUGGCUUAUGGGGAUUUCAUCAAGUCCCAGGAAGGUGUGACCUUCAACGGACAGGUCUGCCUGAUUGGAGACUGUGUUGGGGGAAUCCUGGCAUUCGAUGCCUUAUGCUACAGCAGCCAGCCAGUGUCUGAGAGUCAGAGCAGCAGCCGCCGGGGCAGCGUGGUCAGUGUGCAGGACGCUGACCUGCUAUCUCCGGGCAUCCUGGUGAAUACAGCACACUGCUCCAGUGGCAGUGGCAACAGUGGUGGCUUCAGUCUAGAGAGCAGUCGGCAUCUGAGCCGCAGCAACAUCGACAUCCCCCGCAGCAAUGGCACUGAGGACUCCAGAAGGCAGCUGCCCCGCAAGAGGAGCGACUCGUCUACCUAUGAGCUAGAUACCAUCCAGCAGCACCAGGCCUUCCUGUCCAGCCUCCACGCCAGUGUGCUGAGGAAUGAGCCCAGCUCCCACCGCUCAAGCAGCUCUACCAUGCUGGACGGCACUGGAGCCCUGGGCAAGUUUGACUUCGAGAUCGCCGACCUCUUCCUCUUCGGGUGCCCACUGGGGCUGGUCCUGGCCUUGAGGAAAACAGUCAUUCCCUCCCUGGAUGUUUUCCAGCUGCGGCCAGCAUGUCAGCAAGUGUACAACCUCUUCCACCCUGCGGACCCAUCAGCCUCCCGCCUGGAGCCACUGCUGGAGCGGCGCUUCCACACACUGCCACCCUUUAGCAUACCCCGCUAUCAACGUUACCCGCUGGGGGAUGGCUGCUCCACAUUGCUGGUUGAGACCGUGCAGAGAAACCCUGAGCUGGUCCUGGAGGGUGGCCCCCUGGCCCCUCUCCCCCACGGGGACAGCUUCCUGGAAACCAGUAUUCCUGUUCCCGCGCUCACCUGGCAAGACGGGCCCCGCCAGAGCCCGGGCUGUGCUGAGUCGGAUGUACUCCAGACCCACAACACAGUCUUCCAAGAGCAUGUAGCCCCUUCAUCACCCAGCACAGCUCCUACCAGCCGUGGCUUCCGCAGAGCCAGUGAGAUCAGCAUUGCCAGCCAGGUGUCAGGCAUGGCUGAGAGCUACACAGCAUCCAGCAUUGCCCAGAAGGGUCCUUCAUUGCUCAGCCACACCCCCAGCGUCAGGCGCCUGUCCCUGCUUGCCCUGCCCCCCCCAUCCCCUACCAUCCAAGGUCCCCGUACCAGGGCAAAGCAGGUGAGCUCCAGCCUGGAGAGGGCCCCCUGCCUCCCUGACUUGGACAUCGGAGAAGUUGCUGCAAAGUGGUGGGGCCAGAAGAGGAUUGACUAUGCCCUGUACUGCCCCGAUGCCCUCACGGCCUUCCCCACCGUGGCCCUGCCCCACCUCUUCCACGCCAGCUACUGGGAGUCAACUGACGUCGUCUCCUUUCUGCUUAGACAGGUCAUGCGGCACGAUAGCUCCAGUAUCCUGGAGCUGGAUGGCAAGGAAAUGUCUGUGUUCACACCUUCUCAGCCAAGAGAGAAGUGGCAGCGCAAAAGGACACACGUGAAGCUGAGGAAUGUGACAGCCAACCACCGGAUCAACGAUGCAGUUGCCAACGAAGAUGGCCCACAGGUUGUGACAGGCCGGUUCAUGUAUGGGCCCUUGGACAUGGUCACCUUGACUGGGGAGAAGGUGGAUGUACACAUCAUGAUGCAGCCACCCUCGGGUGAGUGGCUGCAUCUGGACACACUGGUGACCAACAAUAGUGGGCGCGUCUCCUACACCAUCCCAGAGACACACCGCCUGGGGGUGGGCGUCUACCCCAUCAAGAUGGUGGUCAGAGGAGACCACACAUUUGCCGACAGCUACAUCACUGUGCUGCCCAAGGGCACAGAGUUUGUGGUCUUCAGCAUUGAUGGCUCCUUUGCUGCCAGUGUGUCCAUCAUGGGCAGUGACCCCAAGGUGCGCGCCGGGGCUGUGGACGUGGUGCGACACUGGCAGGACCUGGGCUACCUCAUCAUCUAUGUGACGGGUCGGCCUGACAUGCAGAAGCAGCGGGUGGUAGCAUGGCUGGCCCAGCACAACUUCCCUCACGGUGUGGUGUCCUUCUGUGAUGGCCUGGUGCAUGAUCCGCUGCGGCACAAGGCCAACUUCCUAAAGCUGCUCAUCUCUGAGCUGCACCUGCGCGCACAUGCAGCCUAUGGCUCCACAAAGGAUGUGGCGGUCUACAGCUCCAUUAGUUUGUCCCCCAUGCAUAUCUACAUCGUGGGCCGACCCACUAAGAAGCUGCAACAGCAGUGCCAGUUCAUCACAGACGGCUAUGCAGCCCACCUGGCCCAGCUCAAGUACAAUCAUCGGGCACGGCCAGCCCGCAACACAGCUACCCGCAUGGCCCUGCGCAAGGGCAGUUUCGGCCUACCUGGCCAGGGCGACUUCCUGCGCUCCCGGAACCACUUGCUCCGCACCAUCUCAGCCCAGCCCAGUGGGCCCAGCCACCGGCAUGAUCGGACGCAGAGCCUGGUGGACAACGAGCGGGGCCAGCGCAGCAUGAGCGUGGCAGCCAGCUGCUGGGGCCGGGCCAUGACUGGCCGGCUUGAACCAGGGGCAGCCACGGGCUCCAAGUAGGAUGUUAUGAGGCGCUGUGGUCUCCAUGGUGCUAGGCCAGUGAGCUGGUCCCACUGGGAGGCCUAGCCUGGGUACACCCAGGCGGCUGGGGACAAGCACACAUGUGGCCCAGGAGCUUGUCCCAGGACUCUUGGAAGAUACGGCCAUGCCACACAGUCCUCUCAAGCCUUGCCUCAUGCCCCAGGCUCUGAGGGGCCCAGCUUGUCAUGGAAGCUGGCAGGACAUCCAGCCCAUGAUAGAAGAGAGACCAGAAUGCUUCACUUAGCUUGGCUUAGGAGGCACUCCCAGACAUCUUCCCUGCAUUGAGCUCCCAGCCUCCUGGUGCCAGCUAUGGGUCCAGGCCCAGUCUGCCACCUCUCUGUCUGCUGGCAAGCCUCCCUAGGUCCCCUCCCAUUGGUAGCAGCUCCAGCAGGGGUCCAGCCUGCUUGUUGUUGAUUCCAGUUCUCAACUGUCCAACCUCACUGAUGUUGCACUGGUUUUUGAGAGUGGAGACUCGUUACCAUCUCCUUUGGCUCCAGACUUGUUGAUGUGCAUGAAAACCCAGUAUCUACUGAUCCAGGACCUGUCACCACACAGAAUGUUCCAGUGUGGCAAAUCCUCGUGCAAGCAGGGGAGAAAGGCCAUAUGUUAAUUUCUGCAGCCUUCCUGGCCUGCCAGCACCAUGGCAUCCCAGUGGCAAUUCUGGACUGCUGCCCAUCCAUCCACUUGCCCCACCUGGAGUCCAGUGCAGUCACAGGCCGGGUGUCACACCCAGCCUUGAGCAGAACACAGGCUUGAGGCUAGUGAAGUCCAGAGCCAGCCUGAGUAGCCCAUCUUGGGCAGCUAUGCCUGGGCAAGCCUGGUCUCCACUUCCACUCUUGCCUGCCAUGGGGCCAAGGCCCUGGUGCCAUGGCUUCUGCCCUCCCGCGUUUCUACGCCUUUCUACUUCUCAAUCUAAUUUCUAUGUUUUUUUAAAAAGCAA